AUCCGAAAGAGAAAAUAAAAGGUCGCGGAACCUUCUAAAAGUUCCACUCAAAUUGGGAAAAAUCAUUUUCUUCAGGAUUCAAGAAUUCCAGCUCUGCUACCUUCAUAAACAACAAAAAGAAACCAACUACCGAGUAACCAUUUCUCUCUCUCUUUGUCUCUCUCAGAUCUGGACUCGAAGCUCUUUAAAGACCAAGAAAGAAACCCUCUCUUUUCAAGCCUAACCCCAACUUUACUUUCUCUUGGUUUCCUUCUCAAGAAAGAGUUUGUUUGUUGCUGUGACCUUGUGUCUGGUUUCUUCACAAAAUGUGGUAAAGAAGAAGCACCGCUGAGCUUCAAUCAAAUGCUGUGUAAUUUUGAGUGACUUGAUUUGUUCAUGGCGAAGUCGCGGCAACAUUAUUUCUCCCAAGAUUUAUCCUUAUCACCUACGACUGGGAGAUCGAGGGAAUGGGAGGGUCCAUCAAGGUGGACUGAAUACUUGGGUCCUGACACCACUUCUUCUAUGACAUCUACGAGCUCUAGAUACAUGAAUUCAGACGGACAGGUCCAGAGUUUGGGUGGUGGAUCCCAUAAGGGCUUGAACAUGCAGUGGGUAGGGCAACUAAUUGAAGUUGCAGAAGGCCUCAUGGCCAAAAUGUAUAGAUUAAACCAAAUCUUGGACUACCCGGAUCCUAUAGGUCAUGCAUUUUCAGAAGCAUUUUGGAAAGCGGGUGUGUUUCCCAACCAUCCAAGGAUUUGUAUAUUGCUCUCGAAAAAGUUCCCAGAGCACUUCAGCAAAUUGCAACUUGAGCGUGUUGAUAAGGCUGGUUUGGAUGCUUUGAGUGAUAGUGCAGAAGUUCAUUUGCAGAGUUUGGAACUGUGGGUUCGGCUACUUCUUGAUUUGAUGGAAUUCCGAGAACAAGCUUUGAGACUCAUAUUGGACCUGAGUAGUACAGUUAUCACCUUGCUGCCUCAUCAAAAUUCCCUUAUACUACAUGCAUUUAUGGAUCUCUUCUGUUCCUUUGUUCGUGUCAAUCUUUUAGCUGAGAAGUUACCAAGGAAAAUGAUGCUGCAAGUGUAUAAUCUUUUGCAUGCCAUGUCAAGAAAUGACAGGGACUGUGAUUUUUAUCAUCGGUUGGUUCAAUUCAUAGAUUCUUAUGAUCCACCAUUGAAAGGUUUACAAGAAGAUCUCAAUUUUGUCAGCCCACGUAUUGGAGAGGUUUUAGAGGCUGUGGGUCCUAUUAUUUUCCUAUCCACAGACACAAGGAAGCUGAGAAAUGAGGGAUUUUUAAGUCCAUAUCAUCCUCGAUAUCCAGACAUUCUUACAAAUUCUGCUCAUCCGAUGAGAGCCCAAGAUCUGGCAAAUGUUACUGCUUAUAGGGAGUGGGUGUUACUUGGGUAUCUAGUUUGUCCUGAUGAGCUGCUUCGUGUCACUAGCAUUGAUAUAGCUCUGGUUGUACUGAAGGAAAAUUUAGUUCUUACAUUAUUCAGGGAUGAGUAUGUUCUAUUGCAUGAGGAUUAUCAGUUAUAUGUUUUGCCUCGGAUAUUAGAGUCAAAGAAGAUGGCAAAAUCAGGGCGGACCAAACAAAAAGAAGCAGAUUUGGAAUAUAGUGUGGCCAAACAAGUUGAGAAAAUGAUAAGUGAAGUACAUGAGCAAGCAUUGGUAUCAUGUGAUGCUAUACACCGUGAGAGGAGAAUACUGUUAAAGCAAGAAAUUGGAAGGAUGGUGCUCUUUUUCACUGAUCAACCAAGUUUAUUGGCUCCAAACAUUCAGAUGGUUUUUUCUGCAUUGGCGUUGGCUCAAUGUGAGGUUAUUUGGUAUUUUCAACAUGUAGGAAUUGCAUCAUCAAAAUCAAAAGGUGCUCGGCUGGUUCCAGUUGACAUAGAUCCAAAUGAUCCAACUAUCGGGUUCUUGUUGGAUGGAAUGGACCAUUUAUGCUGUCUAGUGCGCAAGUAUAUUGCAGCAAUUCGAGGUUAUGCAUUAUCAUAUCUCUCUUCCUGUGCUGGUAGAAUCCGGUUUCUGCUGGGAACUCCUGGAAUGGUGGCUCUUGAUCUUGAUGCAACCUUGAAAACACUCUUUCAGCAGAUCGUCCAGCACCUUGAGAAUAUACCCAAGCCACAGGGUGAAAAUAUUUCUGCAAUCACAUGUGACCUAUCUGAGUUCCGUAAAGAUUGGUUGUCUAUAUUGAUGAUUGUUACAUCUGCCCGAUCAUCUAUAAACAUAAGACAUUUGGAGAAAGCUACUGUCUCUACCGGAAAGGAAGGGUUGCUAUCAGAAGGAAAUGCAGCAUACAAUUGGUCCAGAUGUGUUGAUGAACUAGAGUCUCAAUUGUCAAUGCAUGGUAGUCUCAAAAAGCUGUAUUUCUACCAUCAGCAUCUUACAGCAGUCUUUAGGAACACUAUGUUUGGACCAGAGGGGCGUCCGCAACAUUGCUGUGCAUGGCUUGGUGUUGCUGGUAGUUUUCCAGAGUGUGCAUCUCGAAUUGUUCCAGAGGAGGUGACGAAAAUUGAGCGAGAUGCAGUCCUAUAUGUUGAGUCUCUCAUUGAAUCAAUCAUGGGAGGAUUGGAAGGUUUAAUUAAUAUCCUUGAUUCUGAAGGUGGAUUUGGGGCUUUGGAGAUGCAGCUUCUUCCAGAGCAAGCAGCAUCUUAUUUGAAUAAUGCAUCCAGAGCUUCGAUUCCUUCGGCAAAAUCCCCAAAAGGAGCAGUUGGCUAUCCUUUGCCAGGCCAUGAAAGUUAUCCAGAGAAUAACAAUUCUAUUAAAAUGUUGGAGGCUGCAAUGCAGAGGUUGACCAAUUUGUGUUCAGUUUUGAAUGAUAUGGAGCCUAUAUGUGUUCUGAACCAUGUCUUUGUUCUGAGGGAGUACAUGAGGGAAUGCAUCCUUGGCAACUUCAGAAGGAGAUUACUUACAGUACUAAAAACUGAUAAUGAUCUUCAAAGGCCUUCUAUUCUAGAAUCACUGAUCCGCAGACACAUGAAUAUAGUCCAUCUAGCAGAACAGCACAUUAGCAUGGAUCUAACUCAAGGAAUUCGAGAAGUUUUACUUUCAGAGACCUUUUCUGGACCAAUUUCUUCUCUGCACGUAUUUGAUAAACCAGCAGAGCAACAUACUGGAUCAGCCACUGAAGUUGUCUGCAACUGGUACAUAGAAAACAUUGUGAAGGAUAUGUCCGGUGCUGGAAUUCUGUUUACACCCAUGCACAAAUGCUUCAAAAGCACGAGGCCAGUUGGUGGAUAUUUUGCUGAGUCAGUCACUGAUCUUAGAGAAUUGCAGGCCUUCGUUCGUAUAUUUGGUGGUUAUGGAGUUGACAGACUAGAUAGGAUGAUGAAAGAACAUACUGCUGCCCUGUUGAAUUGCAUUGACACAUCAUUGCGGUCAAAUCGUGAGUUGUUAGAAGCAGUUGCUGGCAGCAUGCAUUCUGGUGACAGGAUAGAAAGAGAAGCUUGUUUGAAGCAAAUUGUGGAUUUGGACACAAUAAUUGGUUUUUGUAUUGAGGCAGGACAAGCAUUGGCUUUUGAUAAACUUUUAGCUGAAGCUGCUGGAGCAGUGCUCGAAGAAGGUGCACCCUUGAUUUAUUCAUUGCUUGCUGGGGUAGUUAAGCACAUACCUGAAGAAAUACCUGAAAAGCGGGAAAUCAGAAGAAUGAGGGGGGUAGCAAACAGUGUUGCGCUUGCUGGUGAUCAUGACUCUGAGUGGGUUAGGUCGAUUUUGGAAGAAGUUGGAGGUGCAAAUGAUGGGUCCUGGAGCUUAUUGCCUUAUUUAUUUGCCACCUUCAUGACAUCAAAUAUCUGGAACACGACUGGCUUCAAUGUUGACACGGGGGGUUUCAACAACAAUAUUCAUGGCUUGGCAAGGUGCAUCAGUGCUGUUAUAGCCGGAAGUGAGUAUGUUAGAUUGGCACGUGAACAUCACCAGAGACAGUUGCUCUCAAAUGGUCAUGCCGGUGACAGUUUGGAUCCUGAUAUCCGUGUAUCCGCAGAAGCCAGUAUAAAAGCAGCAAUGCAACUAUUUGUUAAAUUCUCGGCAGGAAUUGUACUAGAUUCAUGGAACGAAGCUAACAGAUCUCAUCUUGUCGCCAAGCUUAUUUUUCUUGACCAACUCUCUGACAUUUCACCAUACCUUCCAAGAAGCUCUCUUGAGACCCACGUUCCUUAUGCUAUUCUCCGUUCAAUAUAUAGCCAGUACUAUGCAAAUUCUCCUUUGAUGCCACUGGCACUAUUAAGUGCUUCACCACGCCAUUCACCUUCUGUAUCAUUGGCACAUGCAUCCCCUGUAAUGAGGCAACCCCGUGGAGAUUUGACUCCACAGUAUAGUGCUAAUGAUUCAGGUUACUUUAAAGGAUCUUCAUCAUACAGCCAGGAGCACCUUUAUGAUGCCGAAAGUGGAAGCCUACGAAGUGCUGAAAACAAACAUAGAAACGUUCGCCGGUCUGGGCCUUUGGAUUACAGUUCAAGCCGUAAAGUUAAGAACCCUGAAGGAUCGGCUUCGGGAAGCACAGGUCCCAGUCCGCUGCCAAGGUUUGCUGUAUCAAGGUCUGGUCCAAUAUCAUACAAGUAG